GGCUCGCUAUAAACUCAAGGACAAGAGUGUCGUACACAGGAGCCUAUUUUAGUAAGCCAUUCGGAUUGGGACAGAGAAACCAUAAAUUAGAAACAGGUUUCCUGUCCAGCCUCACAGCCAACGCACGGAUCAUUCUGCUGUCUAUUCUUCAUCGGAAAAGAGGGAAAACUCCAGCACAGCCAUGUCGGAGGCGUAAAAAAAGUCAAAGAUCACUGCAUCUCGGAGGCUCUUCUUAAAGACCAAACUGCUGAAGAAGGCUGCAGCCAUGUUGGACACCGAGAAGGAGGAGAAGAGGGUAGAAAGGGAAAACACCCUAAACGAGAGAGUUCCCCCUCUCCAGCUGUCAGGUCUGUCUGUACAGGAGCUUCAGAAUCUUUGUAAAGACAUGCACCGUAAGAUUGAUGUGGUGGAUGAAGAAAGAUAUGAUGUUGCUGCUAAAGUGGCUAAAAAUGACAUGGAGAUUGAAAACCUGUCCCAGAAGAUCUUCGAGCUGAAGGGUAAACUGAAGAGGCCCAACCUGAAGAGGGUGAGGAUUUCGGCCGAAGCCAUGCUGGGGGCUCUGCUGGGCUCCAAGCAGAAGGAGUCCUUCGACUUCAAGGCCAACCUCAAGACCGUGAAGAAGGAGGAGGAGAAGAAGGAGGAGGUGACCGACUGGCGUAAGAACGUGGAGGCCAUGUCCGGCAUGGAGGGAAGGAAGAAGCUGUUUGACGCCGGACAGUAAAUCAAAGUACAUGAUGAAUAUUUAAAAUCAUGAACAAUAACAAUGGAAGAGAGACAGCAAAGAGGAGUAGGGCAUUUCUGGCUCGAAGAAGGAAAAUUAAAAGUUCUUAAAUCCACCUGCUUUUCAUGAUGAGUCACACGCCACCUUAUUGCACUGUGUCUCAGAACAAUUUUUAAUCGAGAGAAGCAAAUACUUCAUUGUGCAGAAUAGCAUGGCCAUUGCUGCUUUGUUGUGCUUGAUUACAUUUAAUUGUGAAUGGUAUCACUUUUCAGAUAAACACUGCUGGUACAAACCACUGAAUUUUAUUGCAUCC